AUCGUUACUAUUUUUAAGGCCUAAGGGCUUGAGAGUGUUUUAUUUUUUUGUCGAAAGGCUUGAGAGUUGAGGCGGUGUCGUGUUACUAUAAAACAAGCCUAAACCCAGUCACGGGUUUUUACUUAUAUCUGUGGAAGCUGAGAUUUGAGAAAGGGGUUCCGACUUGUAUGGACUGUGGUUGAGCAAGCUGCGAUUUGGGGUCAAGUCGUAGUAGCUCUGGGAGCGCUUUUUCGUUACAUCUAAUUCGUCCGUUUCUGUUAGUAUUUCUGAUUGCUUUCACUGCUCUAGGUUCUUAUUUUGUUGGUGAGGAUCAAUGGCACAUUUGGGUGGUGGUGCGGAGGCACAUGCUCGAUUCAAGCAGUACGAGUAUCGAGCCAAUUCGAGUCUUGUGCUCACCACCGACUCUCGCCCGCGAGACACCCAUGAGCCCACUGGCGAGCCCGAAUCUCUUUAUGGAAAAAUAGACCCUAAAACCUUCGGUGACCGGGCUUACAGAGGGAAACCCCCCGAGUCCGACGAUAAGCUGAAGAAGUCAAAGAAGAAGAAAGAGCGCGAGCAGUAUCCUUCUGAAUUGGUUCCUAGUAGGCAGAGCAAGCGACGGCGUUUGCAGGAGGAGAGCGUCCUCACUUUUGCUGAGGAAGGCGUUUACCAGCCGAAGACGAAGGAAACCCGGUCGGCGUACGAGGUUCUGCUGGGUGUUAUUCAGCAGCAGCUCGGUGGGCAGCCGCCUAAUGUUGUCACCGGUGCGGCAGAUGAGGUGCUGGCGGUGUUGAAGAAUGAGUCUAUUAAGAAUCCCGACAAGAAGAAGGAGAUUGAGAGGCUUUUGAAUAUUAUCCCGAAUCAAGUGUUUGAUCAGCUGGUAUCCAUUGGGAGGCUAAUUACUGAUUACCAGGAUGGGGGUGAUGCUGCGGGCCCGGCUGCUGGUAAUGCUGAUGAGGGUCUUGAUGAUGAUGUGGGUGUUGCUGUCGAGUUUGAGGAGGAAGAGGAGGAGGAAGGGGACGACAGCGACUAUGAUGUGGUCCAUGAAGUAGAAGAGGAUGAAGAUGAUGGGCUGGAAGCUAAUGGUACCGGGGCAAUGCAGAUGGGUGGUGGGAUUGAUGACGACGAGAUGCAAGAAGCAAAUGAGGGCAUGACUCUAAACGUUCAAGACAUAGAUGCAUAUUGGCUUCAGAGGAAGAUAUCUCAUGCUUAUGAAGAGAUUGACCCGCAACAUUGCAAGAACCUGGCAGAAGAUGUUCUUAAGAUACUUGCAGAAGGUGACGACAGGGAAGUGGAGACUAGGCUUUUGGUUCUUCUUGAAUUUGACAAGUUCAGUCUCAUUAAGUUUCUCUUGAGGAACCGGCUGAAAAUAGUUUGGUGUACUCGUCUGGCAAGGGCUGAAGACCAGGAGGAGAGGAAGAAGAUUGAGGAAGAAAUGAUGAGUUCUGGUGGGGAUUUGGCUGCAAUUUUGGAGCAGUUGCAUGCAACAAGGGCAACUGCCAAGGAAAGACAAAAGAACUUGGAGAAGAGUAUAAGAGAAGAGGCUAGAAGAUUGAAAGAUGAGAGUGGGGCUGUAGAUGGUGAUAGGGAACGGAGAGGAUAUGCUGAUAGAGAUGCUGAGAGUGGUUGGUUGAAGGGGCAACGUCAGUUGCUUGAUCUUGAUAGCCUUGCAUUUCAUCAGGGUGGUCUCUUGAUGGCGAACAAGAAAUGUGAGCUUCCAUUGGGGUCAUUUAGGAACCAAAACAAAGGAUAUGAAGAAGUUCAUGUUCCAGCCUUGAAGCCAAAACCACUUGCACCUGGUGAAGAACUUAUAAAAAUUUCUGUCAUGCCUGACUGGGCACAACCAGCUUUCAAAGGGAUGACCCAACUUAACAGAGUGCAAAGUAAGGUUUAUGAAACUGCACUGUUUACAGCAGAGAAUAUUCUUUUAUGUGCUCCCACUGGAGCAGGUAAAACAAAUGUUGCAAUGUUAACCAUCCUUCAGCAGAUAGCAUUGCAUAGAAACCCAGAUGGGUCAUUUAACCAUAGCAACUAUAAGAUUGUCUAUGUGGCACCAAUGAAAGCUCUUGUUGCUGAAGUGGUUGGCAACCUGCAAAACCGUCUGCACCAUUAUGAUGUCAAGGUGAAGGAACUAAGUGGAGACCAGACACUCACUCGCCAACAAAUUGAAGAAACACAGAUAAUUGUCACCACUCCUGAGAAAUGGGAUAUUAUCACCAGGAAAUCUGGUGAUCGGACCUACACACAACUUGUCAAACUUCUCAUUAUAGAUGAAAUUCAUCUUCUUCAUGAUAACAGAGGGCCUGUGCUAGAGAGUAUUGUGGCAAGAACGGUUAGACAGAUUGAGACAACCAAAGAGCAUAUCCGACUUGUGGGUUUGUCUGCUACACUCCCUAACUAUGAGGAUGUUGCCUUGUUUUUGCGUGUUGAUCGUGAAAAAGGUCUGUUUCAUUUUGAUAAUAGUUACAGGCCUUGCCCCCUUGCUCAACAGUAUAUUGGAAUCACGGUUAAGAAGCCUUUACAGAGAUUCCAAUUGAUGAAUGAUAUCUGCUAUGAAAAAGUAAUGGCUGUGGCGGGCAAACAUCAAGUCCUUAUAUUUGUCCAUUCAAGGAAAGAAACAGCCAAAACAGCUCGAGCAAUAAGAGAUACUGCUCUUGCCAAUGAUACUCUUGGUCGAUUCUUGAAAGAGGACAGUGCAAGCCGUGAAAUUCUCCACAGUCAUACGGAGUUGGUCAAAAGCAAUGACCUUAAAGACCUCUUGCCUUAUGGGUUUGCAAUUCAUCAUGCUGGAAUGGCUAGGGUAGAUCGUCAGCUUGUUGAGGAUCUCUUUGCAGAUGGCCAUGUGCAAGUGUUGGUUUCCACAGCUACUCUUGCUUGGGGUGUUAAUUUACCAGCUCACACUGUCAUCAUCAAGGGUACUCAGAUUUACAAUCCCGAGAAAGGGGUAUGGACUGAACUAAGUCCUCUUGAUGUUAUGCAAAUGCUGGGUCGUGCAGGAAGACCUCAAUAUGACUCUUAUGGGGAAGGAAUAAUUUUGACAGGCCAUAGUGAACUACAGUACUAUCUUUCUCUUAUGAACCAACAGCUUCCAAUUGAAAGCCAGUUUAUAUCGAAGUUGGCUGAUCAGUUGAAUGCAGAAAUUGUUCUUGGAACAGUUCAGAAUGCAAAAGAAGCUUGCUAUUGGAUUGGAUAUACUUAUUUGUAUGUUCGAAUGGUGCGGAAUCCAACUCUCUAUGGCUUAGCACCUGAUGUUCUGACUAGAGAUAUUACUUUGGAGGAGAGGAGGGCUGAUUUGAUCCAUUCUGCUGCCACUAUAUUGGAUAGAAAUAAUUUGAUCAAGUAUGACAGAAAAAGUGGCUAUUUCCAAGUGACUGACCUAGGUCGAAUUGCCAGCUAUUACUAUAUCACUCAUGGGACUAUAUCUACAUAUAAUGAGCAUUUGAAGCCAACAAUGGGUGAUAUUGAGCUCUGUCGGUUGUUCUCACUCAGUGAAGAAUUCAAAUAUGUGACAGUGAGACAAGACGAGAAGAUGGAAUUGGCAAAGCUUUUAGAUCGUGUUCCUAUUCCCAUCAAGGAAAGCUUGGAAGAGCCUAGUGCCAAGAUCAAUGUUUUGCUCCAAGCAUAUAUCUCACAGCUGAAGCUUGAGGGACUUUCGCUGACGUCGGACAUGGUUUUCAUCACCCAGAGUGCGGGACGUCUUCUUCGUGCUCUUUUUGAGAUUGUGGUGAAAAGAGGGUGGGCGCAAUUAGCUGAAAAGGCUCUGAAUUUGUGCAAGAUGGUCAACAAAAGGAUGUGGAGUGUGCAGACUCCCCUUCGCCAGUUUAAUGGAAUUCCAAAUGAAAUCCUAAUGAAAUUGGAGAAGAAAGAUUUGGCCUGGGAAAGGUACUAUGAUCUCUCCUCUCAGGAGAUUGGAGAGCUCAUCCGUUUCCCUAAGAUGGGAAGGACACUUCACAAAUUCAUUCAUCAGUUCCCAAAGCUUAAUCUGGCAGCACAUGUGCAACCAAUUACUCGUACUGUUUUGAGAGUUGAAUUGAUGAUAACACCAGAUUUUCAGUGGGAGGACAAAGUCCAUGGAUAUGUGGAACCAUUUUGGGUGAUUGUUGAGGAUAAUGAUGGGGAGUAUAUUCUUCAUCAUGAGUACUUCAUGCUGAAGAAGCAAUACAUUGAUGAGGACCACACUUUGAAUUUCAUAGUGCCAAUCUAUGAACCACUGCCACCUCAAUACUUCAUUCGUGUUGUGUCAGAUAGAUGGCUUGGGUCUCAAACUGUCUUGCCUGUUUCUUUCAGGCACCUUAUCCUGCCAGAAAAGUAUCCUCCACCAACUGAGUUAUUAGAUUUGCAACCGCUCCCUGUGACAGCUUUGAGAAAUCCCUCGUAUGAAGCUCUUUAUCAAGAAUUCAAGCACUUCAAUCCCAUCCAAACCCAAGUUUUCACUGUCUUGUACAACACUGAUGACAAUGUCUUGGUUGCAGCACCAACAGGAAGUGGGAAGACUAUAUGUGCAGAGUUUGCAAUACUCAGAAAUCAUCAGAAAGGACCUGAGAGCACCAUGCGUGCUGUGUAUAUUGCUCCUAUUGAAGCUCUUGCCAAGGAACGGUGUCGUGAUUGGGAGAGGAAAUUUGGUAAGGGUUUGGGUAUGAGGGUGGUUGAACUGAUAGGUGAAACUGCAACUGACUUGAAACUGCUUGAGAAAGGGCAAAUUAUUAUUAGUACUCCAGAGAAAUGGGAUGCCUUGUCUCGCCGAUGGAAACAAAGAAAGCAUGUUCAACAGGUCAGCCUUUUCAUCAUUGAUGAGCUCCACUUGAUUGGUGGACUAGGAGGUCCUGUCUUAGAAGUCAUUGUCUCUAGGAUGAGGUAUAUUGCAAGUCAGGGUGAGAACAAGAUUCGAAUAGUGGCACUUUCAACUUCUCUUGCAAAUGCUAAGGACCUUGGUGAAUGGAUAGGUGCAACUUCUCAUGGUCUAUUCAAUUUCCCUCCUGGUGUUCGUCCUGUACCUCUGGAGAUACAUAUUCAAGGGGUUGAUAUUGCCAAUUUUGAAGCAAGGAUGCAAGCAAUGACAAAGCCAACAUACACUGCCAUUGUACAGCAUGCAAAGAAUGGGAAGCCUGCUCUGGUGUUCGUUCCAACUAGGAAGCAUGCCCGACUUACUGCAGUUGACUUGAUGACAUACUCGAGUGUGGAUAGUGGGGAGAAACCAGCAUUUUUACUAAGACCAGUAGAAGAACUGGAACCUUUCAUUUCAAAGGUCAAGGAGCCCAUGUUGAGUGAAACACUUCGCCAUGGCGUGGGCUAUUUGCAUGAAGGUCUUUCCAGCAUAGACCAGGAGGUUGUGUCACACUUGUUUGAAGCUGGAUGGAUCCAGGUCUGUGUUGCAAGCAGCUCAAUGUGUUGGGGGAUGCCAUUAUCAGCCCACUUGGUAGUUGUUAUGGGAACACAAUAUUAUGAUGGGCGAGAAAAUGCUCAUACUGACUACCCUGUUACGGACCUGUUGCAGAUGAUGGGUCAUGCCAGUCGACCCCUUUUAGAUAAUUCUGGGAAGUGUGUCAUCCUUUGCCAUGCACCACGUAAAGAAUACUACAAGAAAUUCUUGUACGAGGCCUUCCCUGUUGAAAGUCAUCUACAACAUUACUUGCAUGACAAUCUUAAUGCAGAAAUUGUUGUUGGAGUGAUUGAGAACAAACAAGAUGCUGUGGAUUAUCUGACAUGGACAUUCAUGUAUCGGAGGCUCACUCAAAAUCCAAACUACUAUAAUCUCCAGGGUGUUAGUCACAGGCAUCUUUCAGAUCACCUUUCAGAGCUUGUAGAGAAUACUUUGACUGAUUUAGAAGCGAGCAAAUGUGUUACCAUAGAAGAUGAAAUGGACCUUUCUCCUCUGAACCUUGGAAUGAUAGCCUCAUAUUACUAUAUUAGCUAUACUACAAUUGAACGUUUUAGUUCAUCAUUGACCUCCAAAACAAAGAUGAAAGGCCUUUUGGAUAUUCUGGCUUCUGCGUCUGAAUAUGCACAGCUCCCAAUUAGACCUGGGGAGGAAGAGUCAAUAAGAAGGUUGAUCAACCACCAGAGGUUCUCCUUUGAGAACCCUAAAUGUACAGACCCGCAUGUGAAGGCAAAUGCUUUGCUGCAGGCUCAUUUCUCUAGGCAUACAGUGGUUGGAAACCUAGCCUCAGAUCAGCGUGAGGUGCUCCUUUCUGCCAGCAGGUUGCUCCAAGCCAUGGUUGAUGUCAUCUCUAGCAAUGGGUGGCUUAGCCUCGCUCUUCUUGCAAUGGAAGUGAGUCAGAUGGUAACACAGGGCAUGUGGGAGCGUGAUUCAAUGCUUUUGCAGCUUCCACACUUCACAAAGGAGUUGGCAAAGAAAUGCCAGGAGAACCCAGGAAAGAGCAUAGAAACAGUAUUUGAUCUGGUGGAGAUGGAGGAUGAUGAGAGGCGGGAGCUGUUACAGAUGUCAGAUUCACAGUUGCUGGACAUUGCACGGUUUUGCAACCGUUUUCCAAAUAUUGAUAUGACAUAUGAAGUAAUGGAAAGUGAUAGUGUGAGGGCUGGGGAUGAUGUUACCCUGCUAGUCACCCUUGAACGGGACCUCGAGGGAAGGUCAGAGGUGGGUCCUGUGGAUGCUCCCAGGUACCCAAAAGCAAAAGAAGAGGGAUGGUGGCUUGUAGUGGGUGAUACCAAGACUAAUCAAUUACUUGCCAUCAAGAGGGUUUCCCUACAAAGGAAAUCUAAGGUCAAGCUUGAGUUUUCAGCACCUUCAGAAGCUGGAAGGAAAUCGUAUACUCUGUACUUCAUGUGUGAUUCAUAUCUUGGUUGUGACCAGGAAUAUAGCUUUAGUAUAGAAGCUGGAGCUGCAGAUGACGACGAUGGGAGAGAUUGAACAAUAUGCUGUCCUGUGGGACCUCAGUUUAUCUUUAACCGGUUGAAAUAAAAUCUGCUGUUGAGUGUAUUUCUGGUAGUCUAGUUUCUGGUUCAUCUCUAGCAACUGUUUACACCAUUUGACACCGACUAUUUUGAAACUGGAAAGCUAUAUUUUGAUAAUUUUUAUUUACAUGUCAUUAUGGCCUUUCUGUAUACAUGUUUCCAUGCCUAUGGUGUUUUAACCUUAUAAUUGAGAAUGGGAAACUUUCACGUUGGAUAA